AUGAUGAGCAACAAAAACGGUAGCAACAACACCCAAGUUGACCCAUCCUCUGAUCCAUUCGCCCCUCGACCAGGCCGGACCCUUACAUGGUCUGAUGUGUCGCUGACUGCGCUGAAAAAUGGCGACGACAAGGAGAUCUUGAACUCUCUCUCAGGGAGCAUCAGGCCACAGCAGCUCACAGCCAUCAUAGCCCAUAGUGGCGCUGGCAAAACCUCCCUACUCAAUGUUUUGGCAGGGAAGAUGGUGUCAUCAAAAAACAUGAAAGUCAGUCGGACCAUGACCCUUGAUGGAAUUACCAUCGACCCAAGUUCGAUCAACGUGAAAAGAAAAAUUGCAUUUGUAGCCCAGCAAGAUACACUGCUGGCAACAGCCACCCCUCGUGAAGCUAUUCGCUUCUCCGCCAAGCUCAGACUCCGAUGUGACAUGACAGACAAGGAGAUUGAUGCAUUGGUGGAUCGGAUCUUGCACGAGCUUCGCAUUGACCAUGUUGCGGACUCCAUCACAGGAGGUGAGAACUUCCGUGGCCUUAGUGGAGGCGAGAUGCGCCGAUUGAGCCUUGGGAUCGAACUGGUUGUGAGGCCCAGCAUUUUGUUCUGCGAUGAAGUGACUUCAGGGUUGGACAGUCACAAUGCUGCCACAGUUAUGGAAGUUUUGAAACGUCUGGCAGAUUGUGGUGCUAGUGUCUUGACAACUAUCCAUCAACCAAGCAGCAAAGUUUUCAAGCUCAUUGACCAUUUGAUUCUCAUGAAUCAAGGACGUUGCAUGUAUCAAGGAAGUGUCCAAGGUGUUCCUCUUCACUUUUCACUGCGUGGGUAUCCAAUCCCCGAGAACUACAAUCCAGCAGAUUUCAUUCUUGAAGUAUCCCAAACUGAAACUGUGGAUGUUUUGACUGAAGCUGGAUUCUUCGUUGACUCUGCAACCGAUGGAGAGGCUGCCCUGGCUAUCAAAGAUGAAGAGGCUGCCUUGACUGGCAAAGAUGCCGUGGGCAGCGCUUUGAAUGUCGGCUUCACUCAGUCGAAAGGAAGUGACACUCAGAGCUCCUCUCACCUCUCCAGUGACGGCCAAAACAGUGGCAGCAACUCAUCCUCCUUCAUCGCCCCUGCACCUCCGCAGCUGAAUCGAAACUUGUCCAUUUUCGACACCCUAGAUGCUUCGUCAAAAGCUAGCCUUUGGACAGAAAUCAGGGUCCAAGCCGUCCGUGACGUGCAAAAGCUUGUUCGCGACAACCGUGCCCUGAUGCUACGAUUUAUGAUUGUCAUUGUGGGAAGCGUUAUCAUUUCAAUUGCAUUCUCAGGCGCUGGAAACAAUUCCCUGGAAAGCUCAUCAGCGUUCAUGGGCCAUGUCGGUGCAAUGUUCUUCCUUAUCAUGACGAAUAUGAUUGCCCUUCAGUUGAUUAUGCUGGAUCAAAUCGAGACUCGCCCCAUCUUCAUCAGGGAGUUUGAAACUGACCACUACCGAUUGCUUUCCUACGGUUGCUCCAAAAUUGCGACAGAGGCGCUCGUCACCUUCUUGCAAGUGUUGACCCUUUUGCUGAUUGUCUAUUGGACGGUGGGAUUGGAGGCAAGCUUCUGGAACUGGCUCGUUACGCUCUAUUCCUUUUCCAUGAUCAUGACAUCUACUGGCGUGGCUCUUGCUUCAUUCACGAAGGAUGCUCGCGAUGCCAAGGAACUGAUACCAUUGACACUGUUGCCUCAGAUUCUGUUUUGUGGCUUUUUUGUCAGUACAGAGAGUCUUCCUUCUUUUCUGCAGUGGAUGCAGUGGAUUUUCCCUCUUACGUACAACUUCCGCAUUUUGCUCAGCCAAGAGUUUGCCUUUUGUCUGGAGAAGGAUCAAGUUUUGGAAGCUGGUGAAAUGUGCAUCCAGAGCUUCCUCGAUGCAUUGGGAACUGCUAAUGGAAGAUUUGAGAACAUCUACAAUGCUGAAUCGUUGGUUAGUCUCACUCAGACCGGUCAAUACCGAGGCACUACAGAUAUUGCAGAGUACUUUGCCCUGUUCACCCCAGAAGAAGCCUACGAUUCAAACGCUUUGGUUGUGAAUACUUGCGUUGUAGAGAACAGUGCAAGAUUGCAGUUCAAUGGACUGUCGGAUGAUGGAGUCUGUGACCUCACUAUUGUCGAUGUGACUCAAGGCGAGGUCAACCCUGCUCUGGUGCUGGACGAGUACAAGGGUACCUAUACGGAGUAUGUCUUUGGUAACCGCAUUCUUUUUACUCCAUCUCCAGAGGCCAACCAGACAGUGGAUGUUUUGACGCACCACAUCUACUAUCCAGAGGAGUUUACGUUUGGUCUGUUGGGCAACACCUUUGAUGUCGACGAUGUUGUAUUGGAUAUUUGCAGUACCCUCCGCGAUCAGUGCCCCUCCUCGUACGAACGCGAUGGCUACGAGAAUUUUGAGGAGUGUCUCACGCGCAUGAAGACCAACCUUCCCAUUACCAAUCGCAAUGCCAAGGGAUUGGAAGCGUCCGAUGGCAACUCUACGUCUUGCCGUCUCAUUCAUGCCAACCUGGCCAAAGAGAACUCGGACCACUGUCCCCACAUUUCCUACUUUCCAGAAGUGGACAAGCACGACAACUACAGAUGCUCAAAUUCCUACGACAUUACCUUUUCGGAUCUCUUUACUCCCUCCGACCUCCAACUCUUUGAGGAUGUGGCUGUGGAAUUUGAGCUGGACAAUCAGCUCAACUACGGUUUGCACCGUCAUCCCAACGAAACCAGGUCGUGUCGGAGCGACUUUGAAGCCCGCAAGAACGAUUUGCAAGCUUCUCUGCAAGCUUCUCUACCAGACAACGUUGUCACUACCAAAGUGUGUGCGGGGUAUCUGGACAUGCAAAAUGCCACUGGCGAGAACAAUGGUGCCUACUGGGGAGCCUUGGCCGUCAUGUUUGUCUUUGUGCGUGGACUUGGCUUGCACUUUUUGAGAAACCUUGUCACCAAAUAA